AUGUCAUUGGCAAACUUUUACGAGGAUAGCGAGAUAUUUGUGACGGGCGGCUCAGGAGUGGUGGGCAAGGCGCUAAUUGAGAAGCUGCUCCGCUCCUGCAAUGUGCGCCGCAUCUACGUCCUGCUGCGUCCCCGCCGCCAGCUGAGUGCCGAGCAGCGACUGGUCAAGCUGCGCCAGGCCACAAUUUUCCAUGUGCUGCACCAGGAGAAGCCCGACGAGCUGGACAAGCUGGUGGCAGUUCCCGGGGACGUCUUGCUGCCCGGACUAGGUAUCGAUCCGGCCAUGGCUGCCCAAAUGUCGAAGGUCUCGCUCGUCUACCACUGUGCGGCCACCGUGCGCUUCGACGAGCCCCUGCGAGUGGCCCUGCAACUCAACGUUGGAGGCACCUUCGAGGCCAUCAAGUUUGCCGAGACUCUGGCGCACCUGCGCGUCUUCGUCCACGUGUCCACCUUCUACAGCAAUCCAUAUCUGAAGUUCGUUGAGCCCAAGUACUACUCCUCGCCCAUGGACUGGCGGCUGUGCCUGCGCGUGAUCGAAGAGGUGCCAGACGAUGGAAUGCUAAAUGCGCUGACCCGCAAGCUAAUUGUGGGUUUUCCGAACACGUACACGUUCACCAAGAACUUGGCCGAGUCCCUGGUCAAUGAUUAUCGCUGCCGCUUACCGCUGAUCAUCUACCGUCCAUCGAUAGUUUUGUUUGCGGUCGAUGAUCCAUCGCCUGGUUUCUCCCCCUCGCUCAUGGGUGCCAUGGGUCUGUUCGCUCUGGUCGGAGCAGGAAUAUUGAAAACCGUAUAUCUGGGCAAGGAAACGCGCCUUGACAUAACACCCCAAGACGUGGGCAUUAAGUGUAUGCUCUCUUACACAAAAAAAGGCCAGGAGAAGUACCAGAAAGGGCCGCCCAAGGAGAUACCCGUGUACAUGUCCUCCUCCUGCACGCACGUUCCGCACACCUUCACCCAAAUUGCCGAGCAGAUGGACACAUUGGGCUUGUGGAAGAAAGCCGCCUUCGAGAAGAGCCUGAUGGUGCCUGGCUGUCACUAUACGGAUAGGCGCUGGGUCUACCAGUUCCUUGUCUUCACUAAGCAGAUUCUCCCUGCUCUCCUCAUCGAUCUACUGCUGCGCCUCUUUGGAAAACGACCCCAGCUCAUGGGCGUUGUGCGGAAGGCCUACCAGACCCUGGAGGUGAUGCAGCCCUUUAUGUUCAACAACUACGACAGUCCCGGGGUCACGGAAAAAGACGAAAUAUCGAAGGAGAACCAUGGCACCGACUUCCAUUUGAACCCCUUCACUGAUCCGGAUAUCAAUGGUCUGGUGAUCCGCGUAAGUGGCCAAAUGCUCUACAGCAUCCGGGCACAUCUCUUCAAGGAGGAUCCGUGCACCCUGCCACGCUCCCAGCGAAUACACACGAUCAAGACGAUUAUCUACCAGGGCCUGCGCCUCAUCCUGCUGUACAAACUCGUCCGCUGGAUCUGGGCCAGCUAUCUGGGGCAGCACUUCUAGAUCAGAUCUGCAACCACCUAUUUCUUUUUUUUCUCUUUUUUUUUUGUACCCCUUAGUUUAGUUCACUUUGAUGUCAGUUUGUUACAUAUGUAUGUACAUACAUACAGGCAUAAAACAUACAUAUCUACUACGACCGAGACAGUUCGAGAUCAUGCAGCGAAUACCCUUAAGUCCAGCAAUCGAUAUGCCCCCGCCGGACGCAGUGCAGUCCAAGAUCCGCACUUCGUGAAACCUUGCUAGUGGUGUCUGGCACACUAUUGUGUUCGGGCUGAGCUGUCUAGUGACCCUAUUCGAAGUAGCCUACAUAGCCCUGAUGCUGGGUCGUCAGCUUACACGAUAAAAACAUAGCUCUCCCGAAAAGUGAAAUUUUAGGGGUCACAUCCCCACUAGGGUACCCAAACCAUACCAUAUCCAAUGUCCAAUAAAUUGCCUUGAGAAAUACAGAAAAUACAAAUUUAAAUGUAA